UUAUAAUCAUCUCCCUCUUCUCUCUUUUAUAGAACCAAAUCAAAGUCCCUCCACAACCUUCAUUCAUUAUAAGCCAUGACAGACAAGGUCCACCCUUCAGCCAAGCCCACCGGCAAUGGCACCGCCGCCGCCAACAUCUCAUUACCGCCGACAAAAUCCCAACUCCACGGCCCCAACCGCCCCACCUACCGUCCCCGUGCUGCACCCCCUCGCCGCCGCAGCAGCAACAGUUGCUGCUGCACACUCUUCUGCUGGCUCAUCCUCAUCCUCUUCAUCCUCAUCAUCCUCCUCGGCGCCGCCGGCGCCGUCCUCUACUUCCUCUACCACCCUCAACGCCCUUCCUUCACCGUCACGUCACUCAAACUUUCCACCUUCAAACUCUCCUCCUCCUCCUCCACCCUCACCUCCAAGUUCCAACUCACACUCUCCGCCACCAACCCCAACAAAAAGAUCACAUUCUUCUACCAGCCCACCUCGGUAAACAUCCUCACCGGCGACAUGGACGUCGGAGAUGGUGUCAUUCCGUCGUUCGAGCACGGGAAGGAGAACACCACGGUGCUGAAAAUCCCGGUGGCGAGGAGCGGAGAGGUGGCGGCGGAUGACGCCGUGAAGGGGAGCUUGAAGAGCAAGAGUGCACUGGCGUUGAAGGUGAAGAUGGAGACGAAGGUGGAGGCCAAGAUGGGGAUGUUCAGGACACCACGCGUUGGAAUCAGAGUGUUGUGUGAUGGUAUCCAGGUUACUCUUCCCGCCGGCGAGAAACCGGCGACGGCGUCGGCUGUGAACUCUGCAUGUGCGGUGGACGUGAGGUUCAAGUUCUGGAAAUGGACUCUUGGAUGAUCGGAGCACGACGGGAAAAUUGCAUACACAUUUGCCAUGUAACGUUGGUAUUGCUUUAAUUUUGAUCUUGGAGUUUGGUUUUGAUUUUCAAUUACUUUUUAUGUCUUGUAAUUUUGAUUUUUCAGUUGGUUUACUUUCUGAAUUUUGUUUAUAGAUAAUUAAUGUUUGUAAACACACAAUGAUUAGUAUUAAAGUAUAGUAAGAGUUUUAAUACAAUCAAGUUCAUUUUAUUCGGAAAAUAA